GUUCUCCAUCUCACGGACCGCAGGUGUGGCGGUGUAGCUGACACAGCCCACUACGUGCAACCCUUGACAUGGGUAUCAACUUCAGCUCAUUUGAGCCCAUAUAGCGUAGGGUAAACCCCUAACAUGUUUUCAUCUUAUACAAGCUUGGAUAAUCCCGAAAUCAGACUAAUCGAUCAACAACAAAGGCCUUGUGCGUUCUAAAUGUCGACUAGAGUGGACACCCUUUGCAGGACUGUACAUCCCGAACCCACCAAAUUCGAACAUGAAUCGCUCAACCAGAAAAGGACGUCCAUACGUCUCAUUCAAGUAUUGCCCGACCUAUCAAAGGAUAUGUCAAUACAAUGCAAGCUGAUUCACGCCAUUCUUCCACCGCCCUUCACCCAGGACGACAACGGUGAAGGAGAGCCGACCGAGUCCUCUCUUGCGGAACUGGAUGACGAUUUCAACGAAGAACUGCCCUCGUACUCCUGUCUCUCUUACACAUGGGGGGAUCCGUUCGAGGAGUACGCAGUCCGGGUCAACGACAAGACCUUUCUUGUGCGACGAAAUCUGUGGGACUUCCUCGAGAUGGCCAGAAAUCAACUUUCCGACACCUUUCUCUGGAUCGACGCAUUGUGCAUCGAUCAAACCAACACAUCGGAGAGGAACCAUCAAGUUCAGCAGAUGGGAAAUAUAUUCACUAGAGCGAAAUCUGUACUGGCCUGGUUAGGUAGCAGCCUAGAGUUGGAGAUGGUAUUGCAUUCCGUCAGUAUGGCAAGCAAAGAACGUGCCAUGAGAUCUUAUAGGGAGCCUUUUGACCGACACGAAGGAUCAUCGAAAUCUCGCGCGAAGGACCUCGGUGUAAUCAAAGACGGCGGGCUCGACACGCCAUCUUCAGUACAUUCUGGGACGACUGUGGACUUCAUUAUCAAGGACGAACAAAAGAGCCUCUUCAAGGAUUCAACUGAAAAAGUGGAGAAGUUGCUCGAGAAAAUCACAGAGCAUGAGUACUGGUCCCGAGCUUGGGUUACCCAAGAAGUGCUACUAGCGAAGCAUACAAUACUAGUUGCAGGACGAUCGACCCAUGAUCUCUUCUCACUAGCCAUCAAAUUCAGGUCUGCGGUUCUAUACUUCCGGGAAAAUGCGUUCGAGAAUAUCGUAGAUGUCUUAUUGCAACAAAGAUUGAGUCAAUAUCGCGAAACAAGCCUCAAGACAUGGGGUGUCGUCAACGUACUACACCGUUUCCGCAACAAGAAGUGUACCAUCCGAAGGGAUCGAAUUUACUCCUUACUUGCAUUGUGCAAAGAAGGCAAGAAUCUCACAGUCGACUACGACGUUCCGGAAGAACACCUCAUGCGCCAAGUUCUGAGCCUGCGCGAGAGCUCAAUGUGCUUUUGCUCUGCAGCGGUCGUGUCGCAUGCCUUGAGCCCAUGGGAAUUUCCAUCCGACAACACGGUCGCGGACAAAGCAAUGUUUGUCGAGACACAUAUGUACGCCUGCGCUUUAAGCUCCGCCGUUUGCCCGUUCUGCUCAAAUUGGGUGCCUUUCUCCUGGACCCGGAAGAAGGGCCUCGUCUUCUGCUUGGGAACAUCCUGCCCAGAUACACAAUGUCACCUAUUUUGGGAGCAACCAGAAUCCAUAGAAAAUCCAAACCCCGAUCAACAGAAUCUAUCGACAGUUUCGAGCUCGAUCUAUGCGCAGUCACGACAAAACAACAAGUCACAGUUGCUGUGCGAAGAAGGUGCUGGGAUUGAGAUCAAGCAGAGUGAGUGGAGACAUGUGUAUGUUCUUCGAUUUACCUUUCGCUCCAUAGUCGAAAUGUUGCAGGAGGACUUGACUACGAGCGAUCUGGGAUUGAAUGCCUGUCGAAAUCUGUGGCCGCACGCUACCAGUGGUCAAGUAUCUGGGCAAGGGCCAUUGAGAUUCUGUGAGAAGGCAUGAAGCAUGGUACCUGUUUCUGCGUACCUUGGUAGCCGGUCCCUCUACGCCGAGUCACCUGUCUGUCGUACGCUUUGAGUGCAUCUUUUUACUCCACGAUAAAAUCCAGAGUUUCCUGAGCGCUUUUCAGUUGGCUAUGGAACAUCAAAAACGGUCAAUUUGUUAACAUCUACAAGAUUAGAUAAAUGCGACCUGUGGUAUUCUUCUAACAGUGUCGGUACCGCGUAGAAGGGAACAGGGUCAAAGCUUAGAAUCGUACGCAUGAUACGGGUAGCGAGAAACAUGCCAAACCGAAUAUAUGUGUUUUGAGUUUGCUUUUCAGGCUUUCUGGGAUCUCAUUGCUUCAAUUAGGUACUGAUGUUCAGACAAUAAGGAUACGG